AUCAUUGACUGAGAGUCAGCUGAUCCUUCUAGUCUAUUUUCACGACUCUGCUACGGUCGACCCUUCUUGUCAUUUUUGUGCGUUUUUAAAUCUGUAGGCUUUUCGCAAAUAUUUCAAAAAAUCCAUUUACUCAGACGUCUUUCCGUCGCCGUGACACGAGCCUUUUCAGCCGGUGGAGUUUAAUAUCCUCUUACAGCAGCAGCAGCAGUCAUGGCGCUCAGUGAUGCCGACGUCCAGAAGCAGAUCAAGCACAUGAUGGCUUUCAUUGAGCAGGAGGCCAAUGAAAAAGCAGAGGAGAUCGAUGCAAAGGCAGAGGAGGAGUUCAACAUUGAGAAAGGCCGGCUGGUCCAGACUCAGCGUCUGAAGAUUAUGGAGUAUUAUGAGAAGAAGGAGAAACAGAUUGAACAGCAAAAGAAAAUUCAAAUGUCCAACCUAAUGAACCAGGCCAGACUGAAGGUCCUGAAGGCCCGUGAUGACAUGAUUUCGGAUUUGCUAAACGAUGCACGUCAGCGACUAGCGAAUGUAGCCAGAGAUCCAUCCAGAUAUGCGGCUCUGAUGGAUGGACUUGUCCUGCAGGGUUUUUACCAGCUCCUGGAACCCAAAGUGACCAUCCGUUGCCGCAAACAGGAUGUGGGCAUAUUGCAGGCUGCUGUGCAAAAAAACAUUCCCAUUUACAAGGCCUCAGUGAAGGACAAUCUUGAAGUGCGCAUUGACCAGGAGAACUUCCUCUCUCCAGAAAUCUCUGGUGGUAUCGAGCUGUAUAAUGCUGAUGGGAAGAUCAAAGUGUCUAACACUCUGGAGAGCAGGCUGGACCUCAUAGCACAACAGAUGAUGCCUGAAAUCCGCGUCGCUCUAUUCGGUGCAAACCAGAACCGCAAGUUUAUGGACUAAUCCUCACCCGCACAAAACCACGGCAGAACACCAUUGUUUGAUGUUGUACUUUUAUUUUUAUUCUGAUGUUAAAGAAUUCAUUCCUGUGUUUGUCUGUAUUUAAAAAAAAUAUCAUGUGUAUGUGUGUGUUCUGUAUAUGGUGAUUCAUUAUUGCUGUAAAAAGGAUCAAAAUAGUGUAUUAAUUGGCUGCUAAAUCUCUGGUCCGUAACAUCUCAUGUGUUUAUUUCUGAGUGCAGCUGUAAUAUAACAUGGUUAUGUUUACAGAAAUACCUGAGUGAGUUCGGUCUUAAGCUGAAAUUCCACGAUGGUUUGCGAACUCACCCAUUUUGUGGCUGUGGAGGAGAAGACGGACCCAUCUUGAACAUCCCCUAGAAAAACAAAAUGGUUGCACAGACUUAAAAAUGACAACGUGUUUCAUUAUUUCUGUUGAAUUUUUAUUUGCUGUUCUUCCUAUGGUGCAGAGCAUGACCUGUAUGUCACAAGCAAUCGUGUCUGUUAAUGCUGCAAAGAUUAUAUUGAUGUGGAAAUUAUAUAUAAUGAAAAAAACAAUACCAAACAGAUCUUCAA